UGGAUCAUGGCCAACCAUUCUUCCCUGGUGAGCGAGUUCAUUUUUGUGGGCUUCUCCAAACUUCCACAGUGGCGAAUGCUCCUGUUUGCACUGGUUCUCUCCAUGUACACCGUGUCACUGGCUGGAAAUACGGUCAUCACCAGUGUGAUCAAAUUAAACCCAGUCCUUCACACACCCAUGUAUUUUUUCUUGACGAACUUAUCACUGUUAGAAAUAUGCUACACAACGGCCAUUGUUCCCAAGAUGCUAGUCAGCCUGGUAUCAGGGAAUGGACAGAUCUCUCUCUGGGGCUGUGCCACGCAGAUGUACUUCUUCACCCUUUUUGGCAUCACCGAAUGCUGCCUGCUUGCGGCAAUGGCCUAUGACCGCUACGUUGCCAUCUGCAAACCGCUGCACUACAGUGUCAUAAUGAACUGGGGAGUCUGUGCCCAGCUCUCGGUGGCCUCAUGGUCAGUGGGAGUGAUGGUGGGACUGGGCCAAACCAACUAUGUCUUUAGCUUGACCUACUGUGGACCCAACAAGAUCAAUCAUUUCUUCUGUGACAUCCCACCUCUCCUGACACUAGCUUGUGGAGACACCUCAAUGAACGUCAUUGCUGUAUACAUGGUGGCCCUCCUCUUCAUCACAGCACCUUUCCUUUUGAUCCUCACAUCCUACAUAUACAUCAUCAGCUCUAUUUUGAGAAUGCCAUCAGCCGAGGGCAGGCAUAAGGCCUUCUCUACCUGUUCUUCCCACCUCAUUGUGGUCUCGCUCUUCUAUGGUUCAGGCAUUAUCACAUAUCUUAGGCCCAAAUCCAGCUACUCAGCAGAGAGUGAUAAACUGCUGGCCCUGUUCUACACGGUUGUGACAUCCAUGCUGAAUCCUGUAAUCUACAGUCUGAGAAACAAGGAAGUCAAAGUAGCCCUGAGCAGAACAAUGGGGAAGAAACUCUGCUUUAGAAGACAUCAGUCGUGA